AUGGAUUUGCAACUGGUUACCUUAGUGUGUGUAAGCAUUCUUACUUUCUUCAUUCUUAAAUUAUUAUACAACCAAAUCCAAAAUUCUACCAAUCUUCCACCAGGGCCACGCCCCUAUCCAAUCAUAGGAAACAUCUUAGAACUUGGUACAAAUCCACACAUAGCACUCACCAAACUCUCCAAAAUAUAUGGACCCAUCAUGACACUGAAACUAGGAAGCAUGACGACCAUAGUCAUCUCUUCACCACAAUUAGCCAAACAAGUGCUGCAAGAACACAGCCAAAUCUUUUCAAGCAGAAAAGUCCCACAUGCAGCUCAAAUAUUUGACAAUCACAAAUUCUCAAUAGUGUGGCUUCCCCCAUCGGCUAAAUGGAGGAAGCUUAGAAAAGCUUGUGCAACAAGAGUGUUCUCCCCACAAGUGCUUGACUCCACAAAAGUCCUUCGCCAUCAAAAGCUGAAAGAGUUAUUGGAUUUUGUAAAGGAAAAAAGCAUAAAAGGUGAGGUCUUGGAUCUUGGUGAGGCUAUUUUCUCAACUGUACUCAAUUCAAUUUCAAACACUUUUUUCUCUAUGGAUUUGUCUCACUCUACAUCUGAUGAAAAGUCUCGAGAGUUUAAGAACAUUAUUGAGAGUUGCAUGGAAGACGGUGGAAAGCCAAACGUCGCAGAUUUCUUUCCUAUUCUUCGUCCAAUUGACCCACAAGGUUUUCAGGCAAGGACAACCAAUUAUUUUGUGAAGUUGGCCAAGAUUGUUGAUGGAAUUAUAGAAUGUAGAAUGUGUUCAAGAGAUGAUUCCAAGGUUUCCAAUGAUGUGCUGGAUUCACUUCUUACUGAAGUUGAAGGCACAAGUUCUCAGUUGAGCCGCAAAGAAAUAAUGCAUGUGUUCUUGGAUUUAUUUGUUGCUGGAAUUGACACAACAUCAACCACACUUGAAUGGGCGAUGGCAGAGUUAUUGCAUAACCCUGAAAAAUUAGCAAAAGUAAAAGAAGAGUUGUGUGAAACAAUUGAUGAAGAUGAAACACUUGAAGAACAACACAUCUCAAAGUUUCCUUACUUACAAGCGGUGGUGAAGGAAACUCUUCGCUUGCACCCACCAGCUCCAUUUCUUGUACCACACAAGUGUGAUGAAGUGGUAAACAUAUCUGGCUUCCAAGUUCCAAAAGAUGCCCAAAUAUUGGUCAAUGUGUGGGCGAUGGGACGGGAUCCAACCAUAUGGGUAAACCCAAAUAUGUUCGAGCCUGAGAGGUUCUUAGAGAGUGAGAUUAAUUUUAAGGGUCAUAAUUUUGAGCUAAUACCAUUUGGGGCAGGUAAAAGGAUAUGCCCUGGAUUGCCAUUUGCUCAAAGGUCAGUAUGUUUAAUAGUGGCUUCCCUUGUGCAUAACUUUGAUUGGAAGCUAGCUGAUGGCCUAAUAACAGAGAACAUGAAUAUGAUGGAGCAUUUUGGAUUAACUUUAAAGAGGGUUGAAACUCUUAGAGUUCAAGCUAUUCUAGCAUAG